AUGGUCGAGCUUCCUGCGCGCGGGAAAAGCUAUAUCGCAAGAAAGUUGUGCCGGUAUCUCAAUUGGCUUCAAUAUCCCACGAAAGUGUUCAAUGUUGGAGAAAAGAGAAGAAACCCAGUCACGAAAGCGAAUGAGGCUACUGGAUUGAACAGCGACAAUCUCAAAACCCGGCCGGACAAUGUUGCACAUAGUGCCGCCUUUUUUGACCCUGAUGAUCAAAAUGCUAAACAAAUCCGCGAGCAAAUAGCUAUGGAAGUCUUAGACGACUUGCUCCAAUAUCUGCAAGAAGAUGGCAAAGUCGCUAUAUUUGAUGCCACCAAUACUACUACCGAGAGGAGGGCCAUGAUCGUCAAGCGAGUAAUGCGUGUGAAUUCAGGCUUGAAAAUUCUCUUCAUUGAGUCUCAAUGCUUCAAUCAGACAAUUCUUACAUCAAACAUCAAUUUGAAUCUUUCAGGACUCGAUUACAAAGCCGCAGACCCCCUCAAUGCUCUUAUAGACUUCAAGAGCCGCAUCUGGAUGUACCAGAAGCGGUACACUCCAAUAGAUGAAGACGAACAGCACCAUGACUAUUCCUAUUGUCAGGUAAUUGAUGUUGGGCGAAAAACUAUAACUCACAACAUCAAUAAUAUUCUGUCCUGCCAGGUUUCAGAAUUUCUUCAGAAGUACCAUUUGUAUCCUCGUCAAAUUUGGUUGACUCGACAUGGAGAAUCAGAGGAUGAUAUAAAUGAAACUCUCGGUGGUGAUUCUUGUCUCUCAGCGGAAGGGCUCAAAUUUGCAAAAUCUCUUUCAUAA